CAGUUCUGAAGUUGAUGCAUUGGCGUUGAUGCACUUCUUUGUAUACAUGUAAUUAUAACUUCGUUUUUCCGAUUGCAGAUUUAAGCUUACAAAACAUGAAUAUCAUUAACGUGACAAAUCCAUUCGUUUUUUGUUCUUUAAUUAAAAUAUGUUGUUUUACGUUUGCUGUUUUCUUUUGAUACAAAUACGUAAUCACCUCAACGAAUUGUUAUUUUACUGCGUUUACUCUAAAAGCUUAUACUCUAAACUAAGGAGUAAUAGACUAAUUUCCUGAAAGCAUGGCAUAUUUUAUCGAGCUAGACUUCCCUGAUAACAUGAAUCUCUAGCAUGAAAUGACAUUGGUUUCUGUUGCAUGGUAAGGGACUCAUUGCUUCCCAUAACAUAAUAUUUCCAUCCUUUUACUGCAUGCGCUUUUUGACAGAGAUGAACUUAGAGGAGGACAGCGGCGUGUCAGUGAGUUGUGGCAACGGGAAACUUAGACAGUGGCUUAUCGAUCAGAUUGACAGCAGUAGGUAUCCCGGACUGGUUUGGGAGAACGACGAAAAAAGCAUUUUUAGGAUCCCAUGGAAACAUGCUGGUAAACAGGAUUACAAUCGAGAAGAGGAUGCUGCACUCUUCAAGGCCUGGGCAUUGUUUAAAGGGAAACACAGGGAAGGAGUGGACAAACCAGACCCCCCCACAUGGAAGACCAGACUGAGAUGUGCUCUGAACAAAAGCAAUGACUUUGAUGAGCUGGUGGAUCGAAGCCAGCUAGAUAUUUCAGACCCUUACAAAGUCUACAGAAUCAUACCGGAGGGAGCUAAAAGAGGGAUCAAGAUGGCAGAAACAGCAUCUUCACAGAUGGGCACGGUGAACAGCUACCCUAUGCAAUCUUUAUACUCAUCUCCGCAAAGCCAGGUGUCCGGCAGCUACAUGGGUCCCCUGGACAGGAAGGACUGGAGGGAGUACGGCCACGUGCUGGACCAGCAGCACCAGCCGGCUCAGCACCACCAGACUGGGCACACUGAGCUGCAGUACAACCAGUGCCACUACCCUCUCAGCCGGCCCUGGCACACAGAUAACGGUUUUCAAUUCACAGGCUCGUUUUGUUCCUACCCCUCCUCAGAGUCCCAUCACACAACGUUUACAAUGGACCACAAUAUGUCUAGCAUUUCUGACUUCCGCCUGCAUGUAUCACUGUUCUACCGCGAAUCACUGGUCAAGAAAGUCACCACCUCUAGUCCUGAAGGCUGCCGGAUCACCUCUUCUCCCUGUUCUUCUUCCUCAUCCUCGUCUUCCUCUCCCUCAUCCCCCUGCCCUGAGGACAGGUUGUACAGCGGAGCAGAGACGGUGCUGUUCCCUUCCCCCUACCCCCAGUCCCAGAGGAGGGGGGCUGAGAAGCUCCUUAACGUCCUGGAGAGAGGCGUGCUUCUGUGGUUGACGUCAGACGGGCUCUAUGCCAAGCGACUGUGCCAGAGCCGAGUGUACUGGGAGGGGCCGUUAGCACCCUACACGGACAAACCCAACAAACUGGAGAAAGAACAGACGUGCAAGUUGUUUGACACCCAGCAGUUCCUUACUGAGCUGCAGGGUUAUGCCCACCACAGCCGCCCCAUGCCAAGGCACCUGGUGGUGCUGUGUUUCGGAGAUGAGUACCCAGACCCCCAACGCCAGACGAAGAUGAUCACAGCCCAGGUGGAGCCGAUGUUUGCCAGAGACCUGUUAUACAUCACGCAACAGAGCAGCAAUGCUUAUCUGAGAAGCUACACCGAGAGUUCCCCUCCCAUUCCAGGCGACUACCAGAGAACCGUGCAACACAUGCAGGAGUGACAUCAGGCCCCAAUAGCCAUGGAAAUUACUGUAGAUAGGCCAUGCGAUUUACAUGACAACUACUGACCAGUUGACAAAAUACUCCAGUCUUGGACUGAAAUGCCACACUGUCAUUUCAACAUCUGACUGUAUUGCGCCUCCAUUAAUAUUGUCAAGUCUCAUAUUAUUGAUACAUUUUGUACAGCCUUACAGUUAUUUUAUGUAGUCAAGAAAUAGUUUUAUUUUUUAUUAAAGAAUGUGAAAAACUGAAUACUUGAAUAAUUAGCUAAUCUUUUCAUUGUACAUUGCUGCUGAUACUUUUGUUUUAAUAUACUGCUCGUGAUAUGGGGAUGUGAUUUGUUUAUUUUCCUGCACAUGCCUGUGAAUAGCUGUAGAAAAUUGGUUACACUAAUUUCUCAAUAUUGAGUUUACUUUUUCAACAUUCUUCACACAAAAUUCAUUCAGUGACCACAUCCUUCAAAAUGCAUGCAUUUCCACUCAAAUUCUGGCCAGUGUUACAAAUGUUUACAUACUCUUUUCAAACCUGUUACAGCUACAUCAAAAUAUUACACAAAAACAUGAUUGCAAUUUACUACAAGUUUUAUAUUUUUUACUUAAACAUGCACCCAGCCAUGGCCACAUCAGAUAUCUCUCCUGGAUGCAAUAAAUGCUGGAUUCAUUGAGAAAUGUGCAAGGAUGGAUCAGGCAUGUAAAGAGAUUCUUUCCCAGUUGCAUUGCAAGACAGGACAGGAUAAGGUGUGAUGUGGAUGAUAAUGUGUGGACAAAUGCAGAAGACAGGGUCUGUGUUGCUACAGAUCUGUAUCGAUUGGUAGAUAUCCUAUGUGUAUGUAAAGUGCACACAUUUGAUGUAGUAUAGUUCUGGAAUAACUAGUUUCAUUUAGUUUAUUCUGGAAUAAUUUUGGAUUUAAAAAAAGAAGCAAAUUGUGGCACUUCUGAUUCAUUCUUGUAACUAUGUACAGUAAAUAGAUGCCUUUCUUGUUUUGUAAAGGAAUGUUUGCUUAUUUAUCAAAUUCAAGGAUACAUCUUGUAUCAAAAUGAUUAAUCUUGUAAUGUUAUCUUUUAGUUCUUUUUAGGUGAUUGUGUUAUGAG